UAUAUACUUUUAUUUUUUUUGAUAAAGAUCUUGAGUUUAUGUACUUCCAUCCCUAAACUAAAUUAUCAAGGAUCGAAGCAAAACUAAAUAAAAACCUAGAACAGCAUAACAAAAUGUAACAGAAAUGCCAAAUUUACAAACCUAUGGGGGGGAAAUAUUAUUUAAUAACAACUAAAACGGAAAAAGGGACAGAAAGCUCAUCGAACAUGUAACGUCUAAAACCACUACCGUUUUCUGUUGUUGUUAAACAAACCACUCCCGCUUAUAUAAAACCUCAAGAACCAAAACAGAACUGUUCAAGAGAGCAAUGGGGUUCGGGUUCAAGAUCGGAUCAAGAUUCCGAUUAGCCACCACAUUCAUGUGGUGUCUUCUCAUCGCAUCAGCGUGCUUUCCAUCCACCACAUCAGCAGCCCGGUUCGAGGUAAGAAACGAGAUCUCCAGAUACCCAGGUCGGAACCGGAGCCUCACGGUUAACUGUUGGUCGUCGAAUAACAAACUGGGCAUGCAUGCUCUCAGACCGGGCCAAUCCAAAAGCUGGUCGUUCACGCCAAUAUUUAUUAAGAUACCGUUUAUCUACACAUACUUCGAGUGCAUGUUCUUCACCGCUUUUGGAUCGCCAUAUGGUCAGAAAGCAACGGUUUUUGCUGGGGAGAGAUUAUUCAGGUGGCAAUGCGAUAAUCCAGACGAGGAAGAGUGCAUUUGGGUGGUGAAGAGAGACGGGCUAUAUCUAAGGAGGAUCAAAAGAGACGAUAAAGGCCAAAGGCUCUAUGGAGAUGAAUUGAGAAUGCCUUGGAUCGGCGGUACUAACUACCACCCUGUACAAGAGGAUCCAUAA